CAGUUGUGAGUCUGGGAAACACCCUCAGUGACGGAGUCCGGCGCCUUGUGGAGGGAGGAGAGAGCGCGAGAAAGAGGGGACGCAGAUGGAGAUGGAGGUGGAUGUGAUUAGAAUGCUUAUAAGCCGAGACAAUAUGUGAAAAAAUCUGAACGUUUUCGUCGCUCGGUGACAGUUAAAAGGCAUUUUCGUGGCGUCUUGGUGUUAACUAAAAAGCCGGAAGGCGCGAAUACCGUUAACUUGAGUGAAAGAUGAUAGCGUGUCUUUAUUGAAGCGAUAGGAUGCUGAGGCGACAGACGUAUGGCUGAAUUCAAGCAAGCUGGUCCGCCGUAUGUUGAAAAGAAAGGCCAGUAUAGGCGGUGUGAAUGAAAGAAGAGGGCUUCUCUCUUGGAUGGACAUGUUUUGAGAGGUGUGGUGGAGGGAUGAAGGCGGUGUUGGCAUCCAGACGGCAGCGGCUCUUCUAUCGGCUCUUCAUAUGUGCUGUGGGGCUCAUCGCAGUCACCUGCCUCGCUCAAAUUCUUCAUGUAACAGCCCAUUCCAAAGAGGAUUCGGACCUGACUUGGGCCCGGCGUAAACUAACUCAGCAGAUUGUAGAAGAGAACCAGACAUCCAGUACACCCAGAGCUGCUAUCCAUGAAUUUCCAGAGGACAUAUUCACUAAGGGGCAGAGGAGGCAUGGGGCAAUUCUACUGCAUGUGUUUUGUGCAGUUUACAUGUUCUACGCCCUUGCUAUUGUCUGCGAUGUCUACUUUGUCCCCUCUCUGGAAAAAAUCUGUGAGAAUCUGCACCUCAGUGAGGAUGUUGCAGGUGCCACUUUCAUGGCAGCAGGCAGCUCCGCCCCCGAGCUUUUCACAUCUUUGAUUGGUGUGUUCAUCACCAAGGGGGACCUGGGGGUGGGAACUAUUGUGGGAUCAGCUGUUUUCAACAUCCUGGUCAUCAUAGGAGUCUGUGGAAUAUUUGCUGGACAGACCAUCACUCUGACCUGGUGGCCGCUUUUCCGUGACUCUAUCUACUACAUCCUCUCAGUGUUGGCCUUGAUUCUGAUCAUAUAUGAUGAGAAAGUCAUUUGGUGGGAGACUAUAAUCCUCAUAUCAAUGUAUGGAGUUUACAUCCUUAUCAUGAAGUUUAACAGUCAGAUUUGGGGCUGGGUGGAGCAGAGGUUUGGUAUUCCAGGUCAGCCGUGUUUGGUGAGCAGUCUGCGCAGAGAUGUGUCGGUAGGAGAGGCAAGCCCACACUGUGACACCUCCAUGAUCCUCUUGAAGAAAGGUCAGAAUGCGGGUGGCCAGGACUCCCCGGUGGUGAUGGUGGAUGAGUUGAUGAGCCUACGCCCUCACCAGUUCUCUUUCUCAGAGGCAAGCCUCCGUGUCAUGAUCACGCCCCACUUCUCCCCCCGCACUCGCCUCAGCAUGGCCGGACGCAUGCUCAUCACUGAGAGGCAGAGACUGAUUAGAAACCGGAGCCCCGGAGACAGCAGCGGCAGCGGAGCAGGGGACACUCCUGGCCAAGACUGCCCGGGCGUGGAGGGGGUUCCUUGGGGUCUGGAGAAUGGAGGGGCCCUUGAAAGUGAAACGCAACCCCUGGAGGAGGCUAGGCAGAGGGGCCAAGGAGGGGAUUUAGAACGAGUAGCAGACAUAGAGGACACACAGCCUAAAGAUGAUGAGGAAGAGGAGGAGGAAGAGGCAGACGAAGAGCAACCCUUCAGACCUCUUACUGUGCCAGAUGGGCGCUGGGAGCAAGUCAGGUGGGUGUUAUCAUGGCCCUUAGGCUGCCUUCUUUACUACACUGUCCCAAACUGUGUUUUGCCUCGCUGGGAGCGCUGGUUCAUGGUUACCUUUGUGGCCUCGACACUCUGGAUUGCCGUGUUCUCCUACCUCAUGGUGUGGAUGGUCACCAUUAUCAGUUUUACACUGGACAUUCCAGAUGUCGUCAUGGGCAUUACGUUUCUAGCAGCAGGCACCAGUGUCCCAGACUGCAUGGCCAGUCUCAUAGUUGCCCGUCAAGGUAUGGGAGACAUGGCGGUGUCUAACUCGAUUGGCAGCAACAUCUUUGACAUUCUCUUGGGUCUUGGUUUCCCGUGGGCUUUGCGCACUCUAGUGGUUGAUUAUGGGUCAACGGUCUUCAUUAACAGUAAGGGGCUUGUGUACUCAGUGAUUCUUCUCCUUGCUUCUGUUUUUCUCACUGUACUGAGCGUGCACCUGAAUCACUGGAGGCUGGACCGGAGGUUAGGCCUCGGGCUUAUGUUCCUGUAUGCCAUCUUCCUGCUCUGCUCCAUCUGCUUUGAGAAACUCUAGAUCACGCUUUUCAUGUUUCGCUUAGCUGUAGGGUAGAUCUAGACCUAGAUAACCACAUUUUACCCCCAGUCACUGCCUUAUUAGUAGCGGUUAUUUCAGCCAUGGUUCGAGGCCGGAGCAGUGAACGCUCCAUUCCGAAGCGGGAUUCUGCUCCGGUCGGCUCUACAUACGGCUUUAAGCCAAUCACUUGCUAGACAGUGCUGCCAAACUCAAGGACAUACUGUACCUCUGAAACAUUUCUACUUGGCAUACAGAGCGUCUUUACGAGGACAAAAACCAGUUUCAAUUACAAGACGUGAUGAAUUUAUACAAGCGGUAUUAAAUGUUUACAGCACACAGGACACUUCCUCUAGCCUCUCCUUUUGCAUAUUUCUAUUCUAAAAUCUUAUAUAGUCACAAUCAAGCAUGAUACGAAGAAAAAUAUGACAUUGCAAAAGCGUUACUACUAAAAGGAGUUCUAUUAACUCUUGUAACAGAGAUCACUCAAUUUAUUGCAUUACUUUGCCUUAUUUAUUUUUGACUUUAGGUCUGUAAAAAUCAGUGCUUUAGGAUUUGAAUAUUUUCCUGUUUCAGUAUAUUUAAGAGCAGUUUGUUCACUUUUGUGUUGUUCCUUGAAAAAGAAAGUAUUCUGGUAUUUUGGAAAGCAUUUCUUAGUAUUAGUAUUACUGAUUAACCAAAAACAUCCCUGUCUUUGGUAAGUGUUUACAUACCAAACGUACAUAGUUUUAUAUAAAGUCCCACUUAGAGGUGUGCACAUUUUGAUAUGUUGUAAUGAAAUUACUUUUGUGCCCUGCUGCAACACUAUGAAAAUGAACAUGAGAAAGUAACAAUCAAUUAAAUCUUUAUACACUGGCCUCUUAAAAACACCAAAUGAAGAUGUUUGGAAUUUCGAUAUAUAUAUUUUUCCCAAUGAUCAUAUAUUGCAUUCUGUCUACAGGACGGAUAAGACUCAUAAUUAACCUAAUUUAAAUUCAUAAUCAAAGGUUUUGGCACAGCAGUAUUUGAAUUUUUGUAAAGAUAUCUUUAAAGUUAUUUUUGACAUCUUAUCCUGAUUAAAUGUGCUUAUGUUUUAGUUCUGUUGUAUAUUAAAUUUUUUUAAUGACGCGUAUUGCUUAAGUCCGGCACACAGAAAUUUUGUUGCUCGUGGUUUGCAGUUCUCUUAGUACUAAUGAGCAAAUGUAAAUGAUUUUCGUCUCGCCACUCACAAUAAAAAGUAUGUGUUAAUUAAAUUAAUGUGGGAAAUAAAUUGUAAACGACAAGUUGCAGCCUGAGUAAACAUCUUCCGGUUCCAGUCCAACGUCUUUCCCUGUUUGUUUUCAUUUUAGAAAUCACGAUCAAGUUCAGUAUCUCAACAUUUGUUACGGUUCUGUCUAUAUUCUUAAAGAUAUUUGUAUGUUGUUGAGUGCAAUAAAGCAAGGUCUGUGCAAUACCCCAAAA